AUGUCUGAAUCGAGCUUGGUUGGUACGGACACCCCGCAAACGAAUUCGGAAACCGAUGACUUCGAUACCUCUGAAGAUGAGCUGGCGUAUGCUGCCGUCGGUGACAAAGCGCAAAAGACUCGAAGCUACACUUCGUGCAGCAAGAAGAGUACCAGAUCUCUGCAGCUCAUCAAUAGCCCGAAGCCACCCUUACCCAAGGCGAUCUCGGCGUGCCUCGUCGACCCUUUUGAAACACUGCCCAUUGAGGUCGAUGGGGUCACGAAUCAGCUCCUCCACUUCUACGGCCAGGACAGCUACUGGCAAACUGCGUAUGCCUUGGCUCCGAAGAUAAAACCCUCGAUCAAGGGGUCCUGGGAGUAUCAGGCAGGCGCAUGCCUGACUCAUUUCCACAUAUUGAUGGCUCGUUCAGCACUGCAUCAACUGCGUAUGAAUGCCAAAUACGCCGCGCCGACUUCGAGAAAGGCCUUGGAAUAUGCGGCCUUAAAGCAUCAGACCAAAGCGAUUACUCUUCUUCGAGAGAAUGUUGAACGUGGCUCCAACGCCAACCUCAAACUGAUCUUGACUUCUAUCAUCAGCCUCGCGACGUUCGAACAGCGGUACGGGGAGCGGGAAACAGCCGUGCUGCAUUUUCGAACCGGCAGGGACAUCAUCCGCCAGAUUGGCCUGCAGGACGGCCUUCAUGAUCGACUGAGAGAGGAACAAGCGCUAUGGUUCGAGGGAAUCUAUCGAGACGCCGAAGCGAGUUGGAUGUGGGGGCAGGAGGACGCAAAUAUGCGACUCGGAUGGCUGAAAUCUCUCCUGAAAGACGUCGAUCGUAUGUGGAGAGAUGGGCAGUUAUUGCCCUUGAAGGACAAGGGCCCAUAUGUUCUCGAGGAUUUGAGACUACACGAGUUCCUAUCCCGCGAGACGACAGGCAGGAAUGUGAGCGUGUACGGCGACAUUGAUGAGUUUAUCGCGCAGCAGCGUUGUGUCUUGCUUCUCGUGUCGAUCAUGUGCGGAGUGCAUCGAGUCUUGGAAGCGGUGGAUCACAUGAAGGUGGUGCCCAAAAUGAUGGCCCUGAAAGUCGCCAUACAAGCAUAUGUCGCUUUGAUCGAAGGCUUGCUAAUUGAGCAUGAUCUGGGCGAAGAACAAGCAGAAGCCGACUUGCUUUGGAUGAUGUGCCAGAAUUAUCGCGAUGCAAAGCCGCACCUGGUGGACGCCGGAACGAUGAUGGCCCGGGAUGCCCUGCAGAGACUGGACCUGCGCGACUGCCACUGGCGUGCCAGCGGAAUUGCCAAUGUGGUCAAAUAUCUUCCUCAGAACCGGCAGCUGAGUUUGAGGAAUAUUCUUCUUGACUUCAUCGACGGCAAGCCUUAUUCGGGCAAGAUCAGAUUCAAUGAGUUCGAGUUCAGUUAUGCUGGCAUGUGA